UAUUAGCAGUAUGUUUACUUACACACCAGCCAUACAAUAUAUAAAACUGCUCUGCAGUACUGACAGCUACCGACAGGAGGCACUCUGGUUACAGCGAGAGACCUGCCGCCCUGGGCUGUGUGUGUGUGUGUGUGUGUGUGUGUGUGUGUGUGUGUGUGUGUUUCCAGAAUGUUUUUUAUUAGGAGACAAUAGCGUUGCGCUCAGUGCAUGACCCCUCUCCCCCCCCCCAAAAAAACACACACAUGAACGCACACUGACCGUGCACGCGCAGUGUUUGCCGACAUGAAUUCAAACUAUUACUGUGGUUGAGAAAACAAAGCCUCGACGAGGAGGAGGCUGACUGACUGCCCUCACCGCCUGUGCGCUUUUACGCACACGCACAUUGCGCACCCAUUGCUUUUUACGCAUUUAAGCUCAGAAUGGAUUUACGCACACACACACACAUGCACGGAGAGGAGGGCGCGUGACGCACGGCAACAAUUACAUGAACGAAUUUAGGGGGAGAAGUGCACGCGCGUAAAAUACCGAAAGAGAGAGAUUAGAGAGAGCAGAUAGAAAUGACAGGUUGGUGUUGUUGGAGACAUUAAAGGUCGACGGAGAGUGUCAGUCUGGAGACGGAAGGACGGAAAGGAAGAAGAAGAAGAAGAAAAAAGAGGAUUUGUUGACAAAAUCACCAAGUUGGAGUUCGCUCCUCCUCUCAGUGAUGUAGCCAAGAGACGGAACCUCCUUAAUUACUAAUUUCUCUCCAUCCAAGCCACGCUCUCUCUCUCUCUCUCUCUCUCUUUCUGUCUAUCUCUCUCUCUCUCUCUUUCUCUCUCUGUCUCUCUCUGGUUCUCUCUCUCCACUCCUCCAUCCAUCCAUGCAUCAUCUCUCAUCCUGACCCUUCUUCUUUCUCUCUCCUCUCUGUCUCUCUCGGUUCUAGACCGGAUAACGGAGGUGGACGAGCCUGCUGGAGUUGUUGUUCUUUUUUUUAUUAUUAUUAUUUAUUCCUGGUUUUUGGGAGAGCCGCCACCGGGCAUGGAGGAUGUAAAAGACCCGCCGACCGUCCACCGGUCCUCCUCCUUCAGCAUCAAGAGCCUCCUGCUUCCGUCCAAGUGCGACCGACCGGACCCGGUCUGCGUCUCCGCCGCCGCCGCCGCUGCGGUCGUCGUUGGCCCCGGGACCUUCUCUCCUUCCCCGGGCUCCGACUCCGAGAAGUCGCUGGACCCGCCGGAGGUGGACUCCUCCACGGCUGCGGCUCUGGACCCGGAGAAGCCGGGCAAGGAGGAGCCGGGUGAGGAGGAGGAGGAGGGCGGAGGAGGACCGGGGGACGGCGGCGGGGCCACACCGGAGCAGAACACUAACAGCGGGAAAAACGGGAAAUACGACAAGCCUCCGUUCAGCUACAACGCGCUGAUCAUGAUGGCCAUCCGGCAGAGCCCCGAGAAGCGGCUCACGCUCAACGGCAUCUACGAGUUCAUUAUGAAAAACUUUCCGUACUACCGGGAGCACAAGCAGGGCUGGCAGAACUCCAUCCGGCACAACCUGAGCCUCAAUAAGUGCUUCGUGAAGGUGCCCCGGCACUACGACGACCCGGGGAAGGGCAACUACUGGAUGUUAGACCCGAGCAGCGACGACGUGUUCAUCGGAGGGACCACCGGGAAGCUCCGGCGGCGCUCCGCCACCUCCCGGGGGAAACUGGCGAUGAAGCGCGGGCUGCGCUUCGCUCCUCUCGGUCUGGGGAUUAACGAGCGGGCAAACAACCCGCUGUACUGGCAGAUCUCUCCGUUCCUCUCGCUGCACCACCACCACCACCACCACCCGCACUACAACGGAUCCUCAUCCGGGUUUCUGAACCAGGCGGCCGGCUACGGGUCUCUGCUGCCCGCGGUGGAGCAGCUGAGCAACGGGGACCUGGGCCGCUCCAUCCUCGGAGGGUCGUCCUCCGGGCCGCUGGGCUUGACGAACAGUUACGGGAUGAGCACGUCGCCGGUCGGGCUGCUCUCCGGACAGACUGCCGGGUAUUUUGUCUCAGGAACCGGACACGGAGCGGGCCAGGGCCCGCCGGGAGGAGGACCGGCUCCUCCGCCGCACCUCCAGCAGAGCGCCGCGGGGUUCGGUUGCCUGGCGACCGGCAGCAGCUCCCCGCAGGCUCUGCUUUCGGACUCGCUCAGAAACAGCCUACCGGUACCGGCCUUCUCUCCGGGCGGCUCCGCGGGGUUCCCCGGGGUGCUGUCCCAUCAGAAGAGGUUGACACCCAACGCGUUCCUAAACUGAACUCACCCUCAUCUCCAUCAGCUCUCAUGAUGGCACCGGGACGAGGACGUUAAUGUUAAAGGGCAAAUAAUAAAGUGAUAAAUAUCAAAUAUUGAUCGCAAAAAAUCUAUAUAUAUAUGAAGUGAAACGUUUUGGCCAUAUUCUGCCCCCGAAGAGCAACGGGUUUAUUUUGAUGAUUUUUUUUUUUUUUUGUCGCAUUUGUUUGAAAAAGGGACAAACUUUUGUUACCCGCGGGUUGUUGUAUAACUGUAAACUAGACUUGCCAAAGGUAACGCUUUAAGUAUAUUUCAAGCUAUUUAUAUCUUGUACAAAGAUUUUCAGUACUUUCUUUGAGUCUUUUAUUUAUGUUUUGUAUUUAUUGUACAAUGUAUUUAAAUUUUAUUCAGUGUAUACUUAUCAGUAUUGAGGGGUUGAAAUAAGACAUACAGGGUUAAUAAUUAUUUAUGAAUUUUUAGACAAUCAUGGAGUAAAAAACGACAAUCAAAACUUUUUCUUUUCUCUUUUUUUUGGGGAGGAAAAACUUUUGAAUAAGUAAAUAAUGAAUAAAUAAAGCCUUAAAAUCAGCAGAAACAAUCAGGGGUUUUGAGAGGAAAAAUAAGCCUACAAAUCAUAUAAUCAUAUCUCUACUCAGGUUUGACCCCGGACAGGCCUCAUAAUAAUAAUAACAACAAUCACAUGAAUAAUAAUAAUAAACCUGCUCUCUGUGAAGAGUUUCCUUCCAAAAUAAUGAUAUCCAAAAACAAAACAAACUGUUUUUUUCAAUAUGGCAGAACUGUUGUUAAGCUAUAAUAAUAUCCUUACUGCUGCCUUUCUGUGCUCAAAAUGCAACUUGAACCGCCCCUUUAAAUAAAUAAAUGGAUAUAAAUGUUUUUGGAAUAGAACUCUUCAUAAAAUUAUGCAAAACAACGCAGCUGUAACACAAGUUUUUGUAUGUUUUUCUGUUCUGAAAGUCCAGAUUGUCCUCUUCACUUUGGUUUGAUUAGGCCGAUAUGUGUGUUGUGUGUUUGUGUGUGUGUGUGUGUGUGUGUGUGUGUGUGUGUAUAGGCCUGUAUGAGCGUAAAACCUCCUGCGCAUGUGCGCUAAGGGCCACAAUUUCAAAUUCAUUAAAAAAAAAAAAAA